GGAAGGCAGGGUUAAGCUACCAUCAGAAAUUAUGAAGCAUGCUCGUCAUGUUGGAUGGCUUUCUCACUCGGGACACUUCAGAGGAGGUGCAGAAAUUGCAGAAGCACCUUGCUCUGCUCAGGCAGGAGUAUGUGAAGAUGCAACAGAAGCUGGUGGAAACGGAGAGGCGGUGCUCCAUAUUGGCUGCCCAGGCCUCUCUUCCAGGCUCCGCCUCCCAGGCCAGCGACUCCUUCAUCAGCCGCCUGCUGGCCAUUGUGGCUGACCUCUAUCAACAGGACCAGUACAGUGAUUUAAAGGUGAAGAUCGGAGAGAAGAGGCUCAGUGCUCAUAAAUUUGUGCUGGCUGCUCGGAGUGAGGUCUGGAGUUUGGCCAACCUUGCCUCAACCUCAGAACUGGACCUCUCAGAGGCCAAACCAGAAGUCGCUAUGGCGAUGCUGCGAUGGGCGUACACAGAUGAUCUUGAGUUGAACGGGGAUGAUGGUUUCCUUAUCAACCUGAUGAAGUUAGCUAACCGCUUUCAGCUCCAGCUCUUGAGAGAAAGAUGUGAGAAAGGUGUGAUGUCAUCAGUGAAUGUGAGGAACUGUAUCAGAUUUUACCAGACCGCUGAAGAGCUGGACGCCACGACAUUGAUGAACUAUUGUGGAGAGAUCAUUGCCAGUCACUGGGACGACCUUCGAAAAGAGGACUUUAGUACCAUGGAUGCUCAGUUGCUCUAUAAGAUGAUCAAAUCCAAAACAGAGUACCCCCUUCAUAAAGCUAUUAAAGUGGAAAGAGAAGAUGUGGUUUUUCUUUAUCUAAUAGAGAUGGACGCCCAGUUACCUGGAAAGCUGAACGAACUGGACAAUAAUGGCGACUUGGCGCUGGAUCUGGCUCUGUCCAAGAAACUGGAGAGCAUCGCCACCACACUGGUUAACAACAAGGCAGAUGUAGACAUGGUGGACCAGAGUGGCUGGAGUCUUCUACACAAAGCUAUCCAGAGAGGGGAUGAAUUUGCCUCCACGUUUCUGAUCCGUCACUCCGCGCAGGUGAACGCAGCCACGGUGGGGGCAGUGGAGACACCUCUGCACCUGGUCUGCUCCUUCAGCCCUAAAAAACACAGCGGAGAAGUCAUGGCUGGCAUGGCCCGCAUCGCCGAGGCUCUGCUCAAAGCAGGAGCUAACCCAAACAUGCAAAACAGCAAAGGACGAACGCCUUUACAUGAGGCUGUGGUGUCUGGAAAUGAGCCCGUCUUUAACCAGCUCCUUCAGUGCAAACAUUUGGAUCUGGAGUUGAAGGAUCAUGAAGGCAGCACCGCACUGUGGUUGGCCCUGCAGUAUAUCACCGUGGCCUCUGACCCCUCCGUGAACCCUUUCGAGGAUGAGGCUCCCGUUGUGAAUGGAACGUCAUUUGAUGAGAACAGCUUUGCAGCCCGGCUCAUACAGAGAGGAAGCAAUCCUGACGCUCCAGACUCCAAAGGGAACUGCCUCAUGCAGAGAGCUGCUAUUGCGGGAAGCGAAGCAGCAACCAUCUUUCUGGCCACACAUGGAGCUAAAGUCAAUCACACUAACAAAUGGGGUGAGACCCCGCUUCAUACAGCGUGUCGCUGUGGGCUGGCGGGGCUGACAGCAGAGUUGCUCCAGCAGGGUGCCAAUCCUAACCUGCAGACCGAAAGCCCGCUGCCUGACGGAGGAGAGAAGAGCCAAGGAGUCUCCCUGCAGAGCCCACUCCACCUGGCCAUCGUUCACAACAACCCUGAUGUGGUGUCUGUCAUACUAGAGCAGAAAGCCAAUGCACUACAUGCCACCAACAACCUGCAGAUCAUCCAAGACUUCAGUCUCAAAGACUCCAUGGAUCACACUGUUCUAGGUCUUGCGCUCUGGACUGGUAUGCACACUAUUGCUGCACAGCUUCUGGGUUCUGGAGCAGCUAUAAAUGACACCAUGUCUGAUGGACAGACACUACUGCACAUGGCCAUUAGGAGACAGGACAGCAAGAGCGCCCUCUUCCUGCUAGAGCACCAAGCAGAUAUCAAUGUCAGGACACAGGAAGGGCAGACGGCCCUACAGUUGGCCAUAAGUAACCAGCUCCCAUUGGUGGUGGAUGCCAUCUGCACCAGAGGAGCCGAUAUGUCGGUGGUGGACGAGAAGGGUCAUCCUCCCCUCUGGUUGGCUCUGGAAAAGGGUCUGGAAGACAUCGCCUCCACACUGGUCAGACACGGCUGUGAUGCGACCUGCUGGAGUUCAGGGCCUGGAGGAUGUCAGCAGACUCUACUCCAUAGAGCCAUUGAUGAGAACAAUGAGGUUUCUGCUUGCUUCCUCGUACGCAGUGGCUGUGACGUAAACAGCCCCAGGAGGCCCGGUCCUAAUGGUGAGGGAGAUGAAGAGGCGAGGGACGAACAGACCCCUUUGCAUCUGGCUGCAUCCUGGGGUCUGGAGGAGGUGGCACAGUGCCUUCUGGAGUUUGGAGCCAAUGUGAAUGCACAGGAUUCAGAGGGCCGUGCUCCCAUCCACAUCGCCAUCAGCAACCAGCACAGCGUCAUCAUCCAGCUGCUCAUCUCCCACCCUGAGAUCCGUCUGAACAUUCGAGACAGACAGGGCAUGACACCGUUUGCCUGUGCCAUGACCCACAAGAAUAACAAAGCCGCUGAAGCUAUUCUCAAGAGAGAACCCGGUGCUGCCGAACAGGUGGACAACAAAGGGCGGAAUUUCCUGCACUGUGCCGUUCAGAGCUCGGACAUAGAGAGCGUGCUCUUCCUCAUCAGUGUACAGGCCAACGUCAACUCUAGAGUUCAGGACAGUGCCAAACUCACGCCGCUGCACCUGGCCGUGCAAGCAGGAUCUGAGAUCAUCGUCAGAAACCUGCUCCUGGCUGGUGCUAAAGUGAACGAACUAACCAAACAUCGACAGACAGCACUGCAUCUUGCUGCACAACAGGAUCUGUCCACAAUCUGCUCUGUCCUGAUCGAGAACGGAGUUGACUUCGCCGCCGUUGAUGAGAAUGGAAACAACGCACUCCAUCUGGCAGUGAUGCAGGGGCGUCUCAAUAAUGUACGUGCUCUUCUUACCGAGUCCAACAUAGAUGCAGAGGCAUACAAUCUCAGAGGUCAAUCACCCAUGCACGUCCUCGGCCAGUAUGGGAAAGAGAACGCGGCAGCCAUCUUUGAGCUGUUUUUGGAAUGCAUGCCCGAGUAUCCCCUGGAUAAACCGGACAAUGACGGGAACACAGUUCUUUUUUUAGCCUAUAUGAAAGGAAACGCUAACUUGUGCCGUGCCAUCGUGAGGGCUGGAGCUCGACUUGGUGUCACUAACAACCAGGGCAUCAACAUCUUCAACUAUCAAGUUGCCACCAAGCAGCUUCUUUUUCGUCUGCUAGAUAUGCUGACCAAAGAGCCCCCGUGGUGCGAUGGAUCAAACUGCUACGAAUGUACAACCAAAUUUGGAGUCACCACCAGAAAACAUCACUGCCGCCAUUGUGGCCGUCUGCUCUGCCAUAAGUGCUCUAUAAAGGAGAUCCCCAUCAUCAAAUUUGACCUGAACAAACCCGUGCGUGUAUGUGACAUCUGUUUUGACGUGCUGACAUUGGGCGGUGUGUCCUAACACGAGAAAAGUGAAGGACGGGUACCAGUCAAGCCGGGCAUGAACCUGCAGACUGGGCCCGGCACUGAACCAGGAGGUGGAAGAAAUGGGAGAGGAAGAGCCCUUGAACAAAACCAUUCCAUUCUUGUCAGAGGAAAAAUACAAUUAUAACUGUGUUUGUUCUAGCAGUAAUUUUAGAAGCAAACUAUUAUGUGUUGAGGAUACAGAUUAAACAUAACGGAAUUCAGAUUUAAAGCUUUUAUCCAGGCUGUCGGUGGCAGAAACCAAGACUGCUAUCACAUGAGAUGACAACCACCAUCUACUACUACAGAAAGAACAAUGAGCUGAGACCAUAGAGGUUUUAGAGAGGGCUAAUCGUGCUAUAUGAGGACUUAUUGAUUUAGUUAUUGCUUCACAUUUUCCAUCAGAAAUGUUUCUUGCCAUCAUAACCCCAUGGCUGUUGUUUUUCGUUUUGAUUUACACCUUCACACUCUGGUUUAGGAGGGAGAUAUGUAACCUCUAUCAUUUGAUCAUUUCAAAGAAGUCUAAGGAGCCAAGUACACGUUGUGUGUGUGUAUUAAAUGCUGCUGGAUAUGAAGGGAUCUUAGGUAGCCUUGUUCGUGUGAAGCCUUAAUCAUGCUGUGCAGAGGGUCUCGCCUUAAAUUUUGAACACAUUUCCAUCUCUGCGCAAAGUAAUGCGCAGGAAAUGUAUCUUUCUCCGGGAUUCAAAUCAAAACACUAAAACGGGGAGAGAUUUUCCGUCUUGUGAUCUGUCUUUUGUUAUGCGAGUACUGACUUGAUCAUUUAAUCAUUGAUUAAUCUGCAUAUUCAGUAGACUUUAUUUUAGCUGAUCCAUUAGUGUUUACGUAAUACUAAAAUUGUGAAAUGCUCAAAAUGAGACGCAAAGGUUUUAAAGGGAUAGUUUACCCAAAAAUGACAUCAUAAUUUACUCUUAUCAUGUCAAACCUGUGUGACUUUCUUUGUUCUGCAGGACACAAAAGAUAUUUUAAAGAUCGUUGGCAUCAAACAACAUUGAACCCCAUUGACUUCCUGUGUAUGUACACAAGCAAAAUAAUUUCUCAAACUAUUUUUGUGUCUACUAAAGAAAGAAUCAUAUGCAGGUGUUGAACCACAUGGUGGUGAAUAAAUGGGCGAAUUUUCAUUUUUGGGUGAACUAUCCCUUUAAGUGCAGAAUUGUGAUAUGCUUACUAUGCAUACGCAUGACAUAAUUUGCUUGUUAUAGCGUGUUUGUCAUCGAUGCAUCAAUAUAAUGUUUUGUUAUUUUCUGAUCACCAAAGGAUACGUUCCAGUUAAUGUUUGCCCGGCAGGCUAUCUCUGAGGGGCUGCUUGCUUGGUCAUUGUUUUCAAGUUUUCUCAAGUCACAUUUUAAAUGCUUUUUAUUCCCAUGCUUAACCGGUGCACUUUAUCAAAUUCAUUUUUUAUGAUCAUAUUUCAAAAUAUUUUUUGUUUGUUUGUUUGGAGGGCCGAGUCCACAGACUGUUAUGGUAUUGUUCAAUUGUACAGAUAUAUGUAUAAUAUUUUUGACCACUACAACUGUUUUGUACUUAAUGCAGGUUGUGCUUUUGUCUAUGUGACAAACUUAAACUUUGGCCUCUGUUUAAUCUUUUCUGCACAUUGUAUGGUAUCUGUAUGCUCAGAUAUUUAGCCUGUCGCCGCCUCUAGUAUCCUUUUCAAGAAAGGGAGGACAACUUUACAUAAAGGACAACUAAAAAAAGUAUAAAAUUGUCGU